AGGAAGAAGAAAAAAGACAAAGAUAAAAGCAAAAUUGUGGAUCAGACUGUGAGCAGCAAAAAUCAGGAGGAAGAGAAAAAGCGAACCCUGGACAAGCGGACUCCAGCCCAGCUGGCCUAUGAGAAGACGCAGGAGAAGCGGAAAAUAGAACGGAUUCUGAAGAAAGCCUCCAAAACCCACAAGCAGAGAGUCGAGGACUUUAACAGGCAUCUGGACACUCUGACAGAGCAUUAUGACAUCCCCAAAGUCAGCUGGACUAAAUGAAGACCUUUCUUCUGGUUUCUGAAGGUUGUAAAAGGAUGCAGAAAAGCCAACUAAUAUGUUUGUGGCUGGACAUUCUCUUUACCUGCACAUGCUCUGGUUUAUUUGACAUGAUCUCACUGGAUUUUUAAAAGAGAUGUAAUGUCUGUGAUGUACAUAAAGUCUAUGUUGUAACUUGUACAGCUGAAACAGUACUUUUUCUUUGUAGCUAUGUUCUUCAUGUAUCCAAGUGGAACUGUCUUCAAAUAUACAAUGCUUGGCUUUUGCUGAAUGACUACUUUUGGGAGCAGUGCAAGAAGAUUAAAUA